CUAAACAGGAAGAGGUAUAAACCUGCUAUAUCUGAGUAAUGGUAUAUAUCUAGAUAUCUUACGAGUGUCGACAUAACACGGCGACAUAGAGACAGGAGACUUACACCAUGUUGGGCUGUAUAGGUGUAGAUGUGGGAGGGACGAAUACCGACGCCGUCCUUCUGAGGGGAAAAGAGGUGCUGUGUACCGCCAAGAAACCUACAAGCCGAGAUGUGAUCUGUGGGGUGAAGCAGGCGAUACGAACCGUGCUUGCUAGGGUGAAAAAGACAGAUCCAUCUGUACGAAUAGUUCAAAUUAACAUCGGAACUACACAUUUUGUCAACGCGGUAGUGCAGCGUCAGAAUUUGGCCAAAGUCUCUGUCAUUCGGCUGUGUGGAACAGCCUCUACUGGAAUUCCACCUUAUAUGGACUUCCCGCGGGAUCUUGCCGAGGUUAUUCGUGGAGAGGUGUAUAUGAUAAACGGGGGCUACCAGUUUGACGGCCAGGAGAUCAGUUCCAUCGCAGAAGAAGAAAUCAGGACAAGUGCGGAAGACAGCCGCAAGAAAGGCGUCAACAACUUCGUUAUCUGUGGAGUGUUUUCGCCUGUCAACAACGGUCAGGAAGUGAAGGUUGGUGAACUGCUGAAGUCAGCAUUUCCUGAUAUCAGUUUUACUUUAUCGCACGAAGUCGGGUACAUUGGAUUACUUGAGCGGGAAAACGCUGCCAUUUUGAAUGAGUGUUUGAAGCCAUUGUGUCAGCAGACAAUCCAUGGUUUCCAGGAGGCAUUGACAGACCUCGGUGUCACAUGCCCGUUCUACCUCACGCAGAAUGAUGGUACCAUCACCAGUUCAACAGAGGCUAUCCGCUAUCCAGUCACGACUUUUGCUUCGGGGCCUACAAAUAGUAUGCGAGGAGCGGCUUUCUUAUCAGAUGAAGCGGACUGUAUCGUGGUGGACAUCGGCGGAACCACAACUGACGUAGGUGCGCUACAAAACGGUUUCCCGCGUGAGGCUUCCAGUCAAAUCAAGGUGGGCGGCGUCCGCACAAAUUUCCGAAUGCCCGAUGUAUUUAGUAUUGGUCUGGGCGGUGGUUCGUUUGUGAGCAUAUCGGACAAUCUACAGAAGGUCACUGUAGGUCCCAGGAGCACUGGGUAUCGACUGUUGACAGACGGCCUCGCCUUUGGGGGGAAAACAUUAACUGCGACAGAUGCAGCUGUACUCAUGGGUAUGGUGGAGAUAGGCGACAAGAGCAAAGUACAGCAAUGUGUUAGCGUGGAGGCCGCGCGAGCAACAGUAGACAAGAUACAAGUCAUGUUAGAAGACUGCAUUGAUCAAAUAAAGAUUUCCAAAGAUGACACAGCAGUGAUCCUAGUUGGUGGUGGGAGCAUUCUUGUCGACAACUCGUCAUCUCUGCGCGGAGUUAAGAGACUCAUCAAACCACCCCAUUUCCAGGUAGCAAAUGCGAUAGGAGCUGCAAUAUGCCAGGUGUCCAGCACCGUGGAUUAUGUGGUUAGCUUGACCAAUCUAAUCGGAGAAGACCGAUUUGCAAAAGCGGUGUCUGCGGCAGAAAAGAGCGUGUCACCGGAAGAUCCCGAACAUCGGCGGACAGCGGCGGUGGAGCGAACAAAAACGACUCUGUUCGCUGAAGCAAAGAGCCUUGCCAAGAAACAAGCAACAGAAAAGGCCAAGACAGAGAUGGAAGCCUUAGGAGCUGAUCCGUCUACACUACAGCUAGUCGAAGUCUUGGAUGUCACCCUGGCUUACAUCCCUGGUAAUGCGUGUCGCAUAAGGGUUAAAGUUGUAGGAGAUCUUUCUCAGCGUGACUCUCAGCACAAAGCCGUGGAAGUCGGCACUUUGAAAUUAUCCGAAGAAGAGUUGUCUGCCUCUUUGGAAUUGGACCAGCAAAUGCAGAACACAACAACAACUGGACAGAGUUUGGACCCUCUGGGUGGCAUUAUACCGUUUUUGGUUGAUCCCAACAAGUACAAACCUAAUGUGAACCCCUCUACCGGGGAAUGGAUCCUCUCAGAGUUUGAUAUGGACUGCAUAGCUGUGGGCGCUGGUAUUUUAGGAUGCGGGGGUGGUGGUAAUCCUCAUCUUGGAAACCUCGUGGCCAAACGAAAACUGCGAGAAGGGAAGACAGUGAGAGUGAUAUCAGUAGAAAGAUACCAGGACACAGCUUCCCCUGGCACAGCAGCCAUGUUUGUGGGGUUUAUUGGAGCUCCUGUAGUUCUCACUGAGAAGCUGGAGAGCGGACGGGAGCUGCCAAUGGCGUUGGGCGCCAUGGAAACGCUGCUCAAGAUACAAGGCGAUAGGGCCGCAGUUUUACAAGAACAUGGUUGUGAAGUUCACAACACUGACCACAUUACAUGCUGUGACAACUUCCAGUCAAUAACAGCGCUCACUGUCGAGUCCUCAGAAGAAAACAAAGUGACAGCUCUGUUGUGUAUUGAGAUUGGUGGUUUUAAUUCUGUGAAACCAUUGAUGUUAGGGGCGGAGAUGUCACUUCCCGUGGUGGAUUGCGACGGAAUGGGUCGAGCUUUCCCGGAAUUACAAAUGUUCACCCCCUUCAUAUAUGGACACAAACCGUGUCCUGCCAGCCUGGCAGACGAUAAGGGCCGACAGGCUGUAGCUCUCCGCGCAGAGAGUCCGAAAUACUUGGAAGACUAUUUCCGUGGAAUCUGUGUAGAUAUGGGCUGUUCUGCGGCUAUAACCAUAAACGUGCUCAACCCGACGGACUUGUCCUCGAUGGUGGUUCAUGGGUCCAUUAGCCGGGCUUGGCACCUCGGUCUUGCCGUCCUUCAGUCCAGGGCUAACCAUACCUCUCCAAUAACAGCAAUCACCGACCAACUGAACGGCCAACUCCUCGUCACAGGAAAGAUUUGUGACGUAAGUCGUGAGGUGACAGGCGGAUUUAAUCGUGGGGUUAUGGUCAUCGAGGGUCUAGGGGAAUACGCAGGACAGGAAGUGGCCAUUGACUUUCAGAAUGAAAACCUUGUCGCUAGAUCAAAGCAUGAUAACACGAUUCUGGCCUGUACCCCGGACCUGAUCACUUGCGUGGACGCGGAGAGCGGAGAACCGGUCACAACCGAAGAUAUCCGAUUCGGUCUCCGAGUGUCAGUCCUUGUUCUUCCGAGUUGUCCGGAAAUGACAUCACCGGAAGCUCUUAGUGUUGUAGGACCGCAUGCUUUUGGUUACACUGACGUCGUAUAUAAACCCGUUGGUCGAUUCAUCAAGCCAAAACCGGUUCCACAGUAGUCAAAUUCCUAUUGCGAGCGGUUUGUGACGGGGGUGCCGAUUUCGAAGCCGCUGGAUGUAAAUUAUAAGUCAUUCAUUCAAGAACUCCCCAAUAAUCCAAACACAGAGGCAUCUUGAAUAAAAAGAAUUUGUAUUCAACUUGAAAUCGUCUUCCUCGUCAAGGUGAAUGGAAAUUUCUUGUCUGUUUUUUGAUUUUUCGUAAUUUGAAUGCUUUCUCUUCUAUUUUAAUACUUGUAAAUUUCUGUUUGUUUUAAAUAAUGCGUUUAACAAAACGCGAAGAGAUAUU